AAUGUAUAAUACAUAAAUGGUGAAUCUGAAUGUUGUCAUGGGUUAUUCGAAUGUUUAAUAAUACAUAUGAUUUCUACAAGUUUAUCACGAGCUACGAAUUUUUAUGUUUUCGACAUAGUUGAUACGGUUCUAUUUCAUGUUUUAUUUAUGAUAAUUUAAUUUAUUUUACGAUUGGCAAAGUUAUAAAAUUAUAAAUAAUGGCUGAAAAGGAAGGUGAUAGUUCCACGAGUGAAGUUGUGAAAACUGAAGAUUUAACUGAUAACACAGCUAAUGAAGAAGCACCAACAAGUUUGGAAAAUAUAGCACAAGAUACUAAUACUACUCGAAAUGGUGGUCCUCCAGUUGCUUCAAAGGACAAAGAAAAAAUUGAUAUCUUAUUAAAAGCAACUGGCAACGCACCUAUCAUGAAACAGAAAAAAUGGUCUGUUUGUCAGGAUAAUCAAAUAGGAAGAAUUUCAGAUUUUAUGAAGAAGUAUCUUAAAUUAGAAUCCUCUGAGAGAUUAUUUCUUUACGUAAAUCAAACUUUUGCACCAGCACCAGAUCAAACAGUAAAAAACUUAUAUGAUUGUUAUGGUGCGGAUGGAAAAUUAAUCAUUCAUUAUUGCAAAAGUCCAGCAUGGGGCUAACUGUGACCUUCCUUUGAUGCUUAAGCAUUGUAUGGUGUCCUUUUAUUAACGAGACGCACGGCGUUGGCUAGAUGAAGCAGAGUUCGCCGUUUCAGUUGGGUUUCUCGAGCUACGUUUUGAAUUAAGCAAUGAUUUCGUUUCCAUAUUUUUCGCGCAAGGACAUUCACCCAAAGGUUCUUCAGUUCGAUUUUGUUCGUUUAAAGUUUUUACCUGCAAUAUGGAAUACUUGUUAAGUCGUACAUCGACGGAACAAUCGCUAUGCUUAGAUAAAAUCAAAUUCGACGUUUUAAUAGAAUCAAUUGCUUUUUGUACCAACCGACGUUGUAUCCUUAUCUUUGACGCAGGAGCAAAUUGGUGAAGGUAUACCAGCUGGAUCGCGUGUACAUGGCUGUAGCUGAUCAUCGCCUGUGAAAUAUUUAAUUUGAUAGAAUUAUUUAUUCGCAAGAGUACGUUGAAUUUAAAUCGAGUUUAAAUUUUAUUUGUUGAUUUUUUCUAAUACCAUGGUAUGUAGUCCUAACACUUUCAGCAGUCUCAUCCACCUGGUUCAUACCAGCGACAUGUUCUCCUAAAUCGUCCAGCUUUAAAUCGUCGCAUUUCACUUCAGGUUCCUCUGGCUUAACAGCUGUACGCGCUGUCACUGAUUUUGAUUUGAUGGAUGGUGUCUUCACACGCGCCAUUAUAAAUGGGGACUUCCAAAUGAUGAUAGCGCCAUCGGCGCUCACCGAUACCACAUGUUCGCCAUUAGAGCUAAAUUUACACGAUGUUAUUAUCGCGGCAUGACCUAUGCCAAUAUGUGUGACAUUGGCCGUGUGAUAUUCCCAGAGCUUAACAAUGCAAUCGUUUGAGCCGGUGACGAAGUAUUGUCCAUCAGGGCUAAUAUCUAUGCAAUUCAAUGAUCCUGAGGUAGAACCCUCGAUUUCACGAACCAACGAAGCGUCCCACGUUUCCCAAUAGGCAAUCUUACGAUCUGUACCGCAAGUCAAGAUUUGUAUGCUAUUAGGACUGAAACACGCGGCCAUAUACAUCGUGUUACCCAUUAAAACUUGCUUCCUCGCGCAACGUCUGUUGAUUAACGAUUGUCCAUCAAUUUGUCACAUUCCAAAAAAUGUAAUAUUGUAAAUAGCUAAUCAACACUUACAUUACGUCCCAUAUUAUGCACGUACCGUCCGUGCUCGAACUAACCAAAUCCUCGUUAUUAGAGGAUAUACACAAUGAUGUUAUGGGUCCUCUAUGUUCUUUAAGAAUUGAGACGAGUCGUUGAACGUCGGGUUUUAUGUCCCAUAUACGUACCUACGAAUGAUGACAUAUUGAUCAUAUCGAAAAUUUUAAAGAAGAAGGAUGAGGAUGAAACAAGAGAAUGAUGAAUGUAUAAAAUAUAAAUUACCUGUCCAUCGCAACCUCCGCUGAUUAAUCUUUUCCCGUCUGCCGUUAUCACGACUGCCGAUGCAGCUUUUAUGUGAGCAUUAUGGAUAGUGAAGAUAAGUUUACCCUUUUGUGGCGUGAAUGCUCUUACGAUACCGUCAUUCCAUGCUGCAAUGUUCAAUAAAUAGAAGAAAAGUAUUGUUAAUUAAAGGAUUUUAUCUAUAU